AUGGUUCAAUAUGUGGUAGAAUGGUUACCAAGAAUUCAAAGCAUUUCAGUAGUAAUAGAAGGUUGGAAGUGGGUGGAGAUAAAGAACUUGGAGGGCACAUUCCUGAGGAUAUCUGGUGACGAAGGCCAAGUAGAAGAUAUUAUACUUCCAACAGAAGUCGAAGAAGAGAUGGAUAUUCCCUACAAGUUCAAAAACAGAGGUAAAGGUUUAGAAUGGAUGAUGAAGUUAAGAAGCAAACGCUCAAAGAAAUAUGAUAAGUCUAUCAUGUCCCUUCCAGAUGGAAAAUGGACUAAGGAAGAGCUCCGCUCAGAUCCUGGUUUCUCGAUAGAAUGUCUUAACUGUAAGCAACAAAUUAUAAGCAAAAAUAACUGUCAAGUUUUGAAUAAUAUGCCUUCAGAAUUUUGGUUCGAGUUAAUGGAUUAUUGGCAUUGCCAUAAACCAGAUAUGGAGAAAGGCGGGUCUUACUCAAGAUUUGAAACGCUAAAACCAUCUGAAAACGAAAUUUUAAUUGGGAGCUCUUAUUUCCAAGGUACUCCUGCCACCUUAAAAAAUGUAGCAAUUGGAAAGAAUAGUGAUAGAGUUUUAUGCAAGAAGUGCUCAGUAGUUUUAGGUCAAGUAACUGCUGAUUCACUUUACAAACUACACAAAUGGAAGCUGCAGUUAAUUCACAGUGGAAAUACACACAAAUUUCCUCCGGAGUGUGAUAUUACACUUUCUUUAAUAAACAUUGUUAAGGCGAACUCUUGUCGUUACGCCCUCGUAAAGAGUGGAGAGGAAUCAUUGCUAGUUUGGAUAUUUUCCGUUGACAUUGGAGUCACAUUGACGGGAAACAAAAACUUCAAGAGAACGAUGAAGUUGCUUUACACAAAAAACGUUUCCACAAUAAACCAAUGCCUCGAUCGACAAGUUGUGGAGGAAUUGGAUUUCCAAGAAAUACCGUUUAAUGCAUUUUACAGUUCCCUUCAAAAUGGUAAUGCACUUUUACCUUCAAACAUGAAACAAUUGGGUGAAUGGGCCAUCAGCUACACCUCACUAAUCUAA